AUGGUUCAUGGAAUGGUGGUGAGAAUGGGAUUUAUAUCAGAGCUCUCAGUUUUAAUUGCUCUUAUUGGGUUUUAUUCCGUUUAUAAUAUGGGAACUUGUUGGAGUUUGUUUCAUCAACUACCCGAUAAAGAUGUUGUCUUAUGGAGUGCUAUUGUUGCUGCCUGUGUUAAGAAUAAGGACUAUCUGAAGGCUCUUGAAUUGUUUAGAAGAAUGCAGAUUUUUGGGUUGAAAGUUAAUCAUGUUAGUAUUAUCAGCAUUCUGCCUGCCUGUGCUAAUCUUGGCGCUCUACGGUUGGGUAGAGAAAUACACGGUUUUAUUGUAAGAAGAUUGUUUUACCGUGUUGUUAGUGUUCAGAAUUCAUUGGUUGAUAUGUAUGCAAAGUGUAGGAGUCUUGAGACAGGGAUUCGUGUUUUUGAUGGGAUGUUGAAGAAGGACUUGGUUUCUUGGAGGAUUGUGAUCCGUGGUUACAUUGAGAAUGAACGUUGUAUAGAAGCAAUUAAUGUUUUUAAAAUGAUGCUGUUGUCUUUGUUUGCACCAGAUGAAUUUGUUGUCCGGGAUAUGAUUAUGGCCAUGCUACAGUCUGGAGUAAAACUGGAUCAGCAUUUCAUUGUUACAUUCUCAAACAUGUAUGCUAAGUUUGGCAUGGUAGGUUCAGCUAGGAGUGUAUUCGACCACAUUGGCAGUAAAGAUGUCAUUGCUUGGAAUGCAAUGAUCAUGUUUCCUCUUAAUGCUGUGGAUACAUUUACACAGAUGUUUUGGUUGAACAUGAAACCUGAUUACUUCAGUUUAAUUAGUUUAUUGCAAACGUGUUCUUUGAUGUCAUCACAAGAAGCAUCUAAUGAACUUGGAGAUAGCAUACAUGCGUUCAUAGAAAAAGUUGGUUACUCGAGGAAUGUUUAUUUGUCAUCAGCCUUGAUUGAUUUCUACUGCAGAUCUGGAAGGGUCAAGCAGGGACGGGCUCUUUUUGAUGAAGUUCCUAUCAAAGAUCUCAUUUGUUGGAGUUCAAUGAUUAAUGGAUAUGGAUUAAAUGGUUAUGGAGUUGAGGCUCUUGAGACAUUCUCAAAUAUGUUAGAUUGUGGGAUAAAGCCCAAUGAAAUUAUUUUUCUUUCAGUUUUAUCUGUUUGUAGUCACCAUGGGCUAGAAUACGAGGGUUGA